GAAUUCCGGCCAUUAAGCGAAGCCUCUCCCUCCCGGUACCGUUGACGUUACUUCGCGUCGGUGCGAAGGACUCUCCUCCCAAAGACAGAUAGAGACAGAGAGAUCCGCCGGAAAAUUACAAGAACACAACUUUCUCUCUGGUUUCCGAUUCCGUUUCUUCGCCGGAGAUAUCUCUGAAACUCUUCCUCUGGGUUCGACCUCGAAGCGCGGGAGAGGCUUGGCGGGGCAGCUCUGUGCUUCGUCAUGGAGAUCGCUCCGGGUCCGAGCGGUUCCUGCUCCAAGGAGCACCAGCAAAUCUACCAGGAAUGGUUCAAUCUCGCCGAUUUAGAUGGCGAUGGCCGCAUUACUGGAAAUGACGCGAUAAAGUUCUUUGGCAUGUCGAAUUUGCCUCGGCAAGAUCUCAAGCAGGUAUGGGCAAUUGCAGAUUCUAAGAGACAAGGAUUUCUUGGCUUUGGGGAGUUCAUCACGGCAAUGCAGUUGAUGUCUCUUGCACAAGCUGGACAUGCAAUAACUUCAGAUCUUUUGAGCAGUGGAAUUGACUUGGAAAAUGUGAACCCUCCUGCAAUGGAUGGACUUGAUGCUUUACUAGCAAAAAAAAGGCGUUCACAAAAAACAAAUGAGCCUGAUACCAAUGGCAGUUCUCACCUCCAACAGUUACCUUCAGCUAGUUGGUUUUCAUCAAAGUCAUCUAAAAAGGUGCCUCUUUCAUCUGUGACAUCAAUUAUUGAUGGCCUGAAGAGACUGUACAUCCAGAAGCUGAAGCCGCUAGAAGUUACUUAUCGCUUCAAUGAUUUUGUUUCCCCGUUGUUGACAAAUAGUGACUUUGAUGCAAAGCCAAUGGUAAUGCUUUUGGGUCAGUACUCCACUGGAAAAACAACUUUUAUCAAGCAUUUGCUGAAGAGUAGUUAUCCAGGCGCUCAUAUUGGACCUGAACCUACAACAGAUAGAUUCGUAGUCGUAAUGUCAGGCACUGAUGAAAGAAGUAUCCCUGGAAAUACUGUUGCUGUCCAAGCAGACAUGCCCUUCAGCGGUCUCACAACAUUUGGAACUGCAUUUUUGUCAAAAUUUCAAUGCUCUCAGAUGCCUCAUCCUCUGCUGGAGCACAUUACCUUUGUGGAUACUCCUGGAGUCUUAUCAGGAGAAAAGCAACGGACACAGCGAGCUUAUGAUUUUACUGGUGUAACAUCAUGGUUUGCUGCAAAGUGUGACUUGAUCUUACUACUAUUUGAUCCUCACAAACUUGAUGUUAGUGAUGAGUUCAAGCGUGUAAUUUCUUCAUUACGGGGUCAUGAUGACAAGAUUCGCGUUGUCCUGAACAAGGCUGACCAAGUAGAUACCCAGCAACUUAUGAGGGUUUAUGGAGCUUUAAUGUGGUCACUCGGUAAAGUCUUAAAUACUCCAGAGGUUAUGCGCGUCUAUAUCGGUUCGUUCAAUGACAAGCCCGUGAAUGAGGCAGCUACUGGUCCUCUUGGAAGGGAACUUUUCGAGAAAGAACAGGAUGAUCUUCUUGCUGAUCUAAAAGAUAUUCCGAAGAAGGCAUGCGAUCGUAGAAUAAAUGAAUUUGUGAAGCGGGCCAGAGCUGCUAAGAUUCAUGCCUACAUUAUCAGCCAUCUGAAGAAGGAGAUGCCUGCUAUGAUAGGCAAAGCUAAGACUCAACAGAGAUUGAUCGAUAAUUUGGAAGAUGAGUUCGGCAAGGUUCAGAGAGAGUUCCAUCUGCCACCAGGGGACUUCCCGAACGUGGAGCAUUUCAGGGAGAUCUUGAAUGGGUACAGCAUAGACAAGUUCGAGAAGCUCAAGCCCAAAAUGAUCCAGGCGGUUGACGACAUGUUGGGUUAUGACAUUCCUGAUCUCUUGAAGCAUUUCAGGAAUCCCUAUGAGUGAACUGAUUGACGAAUAUCUUGUAAUUAAAAGCAAUGUCUAUGGUUCAGAUUAUACGAGCCGAGGAAUUACUGAGAAUGUUCAGCCCAAUGUUGUAUCGCCGAGUUAAUUAUGUAGCCUUGAAGAUUGAUUGUUGGUACAUAUAUCCUCAUUAGCUUGAGUUGAUAAAUAAAUUUGUUUUCUGUAGUCUGAA